AUGUCUGACAGCGCCAACAGCAACUUCUUGGAGGAUGCGAGAGAGCGCAGCUGCGAGACUGAGGAGUACGAGGCCGAGGAGGAGCACACCAGCGCCACUGGCAGCGAGAAGGAGGAAGCCGAGGAGGAAGAAGAAGAAGAAGAGGAGGAGUAUGACGAGGAAGAGGAGGAGGAAGAUGAUGAGCGACAAGCCAAGAAGCCGUGCCAUGGCAGUUUCAUCCUCGACGAGGCUGACGUGGAUGACGAGUAUGAGGAUGAGGACCAGUGGGAGGACGGGGCCGAGGACAUCCUGGAGAAAGAAGAGAUCGAAACUUCCGACAUCAAUAACGUGGUGCUGGAUGAAGAUCGCUCCGGCGCUCGGCGGCUGCAGAACCUCUGGAGGGACCAAGGUGAGGAGGAGUUGGGCGAGUGUUACAUGAAAAGAUACGCCAAGUCCUCGGUGGGAGAAAUCCUUCACGGAGGCUCCGAAGAGCUCUUGGAUGACAUCACACAGCAGCAGCUGCUGCCUGCAGUCAGGGAACCCAGUCUUUGGACUGUGAAGUGCAAGAUCAGAGAGGAGCGCACCACAGCCGUCGCUCUGAUGCGGAUAAUCGCUUACCAGUUCACCGACACGCCCCUGCAGAUCAAAUCAGUGGUGGCCCCUCAGCACGUCAAGGGUUUCAUCUACGUGGAGGCCUACAAACAGGCGCACGUAAAGCGGGCGAUCGAGGGGGUGGUCAGCCUGCGCAUGGGCUACUGGAACCAGCAGAUGGUUCCCAUCAAGGAGGUGACCGACGUCCUCAAAGUGGUCAAAGAAGUCACCAAACUCAAACCCAAAUCUUGGGUGCGCCUCAAAAGGGGGAUCUACAAAGAUGACAUAGCCCAGGUGGAUUACAUGGAGCCCAGCCAGAACCAGAUUUCCCUCAAAAUGGUCCCCCGCAUCAACUUCGACCGCAUCAAAGCCUGCGUGAGCUUGAAGGACUGGUUUGCCAAGAGGAAGAAGUUCAAGCGACCCCCGCAGCAGCUUUUCGACACCGAGAAGAUUCGGUAG